AUGAGCGUUACUGUAGUUUCACCUGAUAUCCUUAAAGUUCUUUCACUUUCUCCUGAAGAAUAUAGAAAAAGAAAAGUGGCUUUAAUCACCGGUAUUACCGGUCAGGAUGGAUCUUAUCUCACAGAAUUACUUUUAUCGAAAGGAUAUACUGUUCAUGGAAUCAUUCGUCGUUCAUCAUCUUUUAAUACUGGAAGAAUCACUCACCUUUAUAAAGAUCAACAUGAACGUCCAAAGAUGGUACUUCAUUAUGGUGACUUGACCGAUUCAACCAAUCUUGUGCAUAUCGUGUCACAAGUUCUCCCAACAGAAAUUUAUAAUUUGGGUGCUCAAUCUCACGUAAAAGUUUCUUUUGAUAUGGCUGAGUAUACUGGUGAUGUUGAUGGAUUGGGUACUUUACGUUUGUUAGACGCCGUACGAACUGUCGGCCUUACUAAUCAUGUUAGAUUUUAUCAGGCUUCCACUUCUGAACUUUAUGGAAAAGUUGUGGAAACACCUCAAUCAGAAACAACUCCAUUUUAUCCACGUUCACCAUAUGGUGUUGCAAAAUUAUAUGCAUAUUGGAUCAUUGUUAAUUAUCGUGAAGCCUACAAUAUGUAUGCCUGUAAUGGUAUUCUUUUUAAUCAUGAAUCCCCUCGUCGUGGUCGUACGUUUGUAACACGAAAGAUUUCACGUGCUGUUGCCGAAAUUCAUCUUGGUAAACAGGAAUGUCUUUGGCUUGGUAAUAUCGAUGCUAAACGUGAUUGGGGACAUGCAAGGGAUUAUGUUGAGGGAAUGUGGUUGAUGUUGCAACAAGAAUGUCCGGACGAUUAUGUCCUUGCAACAGGUGAAACCCAUACUGUCCGUGAAUUCGUUGAAAAAUCGUUUGCUGUGAUUAACAAGGCCAUUGUUUGGGAAGGAGAGGGAGAAGAACUUGUCGGUCGCGAACAAGAUACAGGCAUCAUUCGUGUACGAGUUGAUCCAAAGUAUUUCCGUCCUACCGAGGUAGAUUUAUUACUUGGAAAUCCUGAAAAAGCAAAUAGACAAAUUGGUUGGAAACGAAAAGUAGAAUUUGAUUCUUUAGUAAAAGAAAUGGUUUUAGCUGAUAUCGAAGGUGCUCGUUCCAAUUCGGAAAAUUAA